CUGAGCCGGAGGCGCCCGCUCGCCAUGCAGAGACCCGGCGGCCAGGGGACCGCCUUCUCCAUCGACUCGCUCAUCGGGACGCCGCCGCCGCGCUCCGGGCACCUGCUCUACACCGGGUACCCCAUGUUCAUGCCGUACCGGCCGCUGGUGCUCCCGCAGGCGCUGUCCCACGCCCCGCUGCAGUCGGGGCUGCCGCCGCUGGCCCCGCUCGCUUCCUUCGCCGGCCGCCUCACCAACACCUUCUGCGCCAGCCUGGGCCAGGCCGUGCCCUCCAUGGUGGCGCUCACCACUGCCCUGCCCAGUUUCUCCGAGCCCCCCGACGGCUUCUACCCACCGCAGGAGCUGCCCCCGCCGCGCGCCGCCCCCGACGCCGGCUGCCGGCGCGGCGCGGACGGGCUGGAGGCGGAGGAGCUGCCCCCGGGCCGCGACAAGGGCCCGCCCGAGCCGCCGCUGCACUUCCCGGACCCCUUCCCCGGCCUGGCAGACGGGAAGGCGUACAGCUCAGACGAGGAGAAGCUGGAGGUAAAGUCGGCGGCGACGCCGUGCAGCGAGCGGGAGGAGGAGAGCUCGGCGGGCGAGAGCGAGGAGGAGCCCUUCCUGGACGGGGCGGCCGCCGGCACCGCGCUGGGAGCCAAGGGCAAGGGCAAGGGCGGCCCCGCAGCCGAGCAGCCCCCGCCGGGCUCCGGGGCCGGGAAGAGCCGCCGGCGCCGCACGGCCUUCACCAGCGAGCAGCUGCUGGAGCUGGAGAAGGAGUUCCACUGCAAGAAGUACCUGAGCCUGACGGAGCGCUCGCAGAUCGCACACGCCCUGAAGCUGAGCGAGGUGCAGGUGAAGAUCUGGUUCCAGAACCGCCGCGCCAAGUGGAAACGCAUCAAGGCUGGCAAUGUCAGCAACCGCUCCGGAGAGCCCGUCCGCAACCCCAAGAUCGUGGUGCCCAUCCCGGUGCACGUCAAUCGCUUCGCCGUGCGCAGCCAGCACCAGCAGAUCGAGCAGGGCGCCCGGCCCUGAGCCCGGCCGCGCUCCCGGACCCUGGGGCGGGCGGCGGCGGCGCUCCCCUCCUGUGUACAUGUCCCUUAUUUAUUCCGUGUAAACUCUGUACAUACGGCAGCGUGUCCUUCUGUCCGUGCCAUGGGGAGUGC